CAAUAGGAAGCGCUGUUGAAUCGGUACGUUGCGUGUUCUCGAGCCGGUAUCUUUAAUGAUCGUUCAGAACCAAGUCCAGCACUUUUUCAUACCGUAUUCAAGUAGUUACAGACGUUUAUUUGGUUUUAGGAUGUUAUAUUUAAGUGGGCUUUCCGUGGCACUGGCCCUGGCGCUGGUUCCGAGCUACAGUGACGCUUUGAAAGAUGGAGAGUGUGAAGUCUGUGUGGGUUUCCUGGAACGGUUUUACCAGACGCUAAAAGACGACGACGUCAAGUUCAACAGUGACUCCAUCGAAAAAGCUCUUCUAAAAUUUUGCAAAGAUACCAAAGGGAAAGAAAACCGCUUUUGUUAUUAUAUAGGGGCAACAAGUGACGCAGCAACAAAAAUUAUCAAUGAAGUUUCCAAACCGUUGAGUCACCAUGUGCCGGUGGAUAAGAUCUGUGAGAAGCUCAAAAAGAAGGACAGUCAAAUCUGUGAACUGAAAUAUGAUAAACAAGUUGACCUGAGCUCCGUCGACCUGAAGAAGUUGAAAGUGAAAGAUCUGAAGAAAAUUCUGGAGGAAUGGGGCGAAUCCUGCAAGGGAUGCGCAGAGAAAUCCGACUUCAUUCGCAAGAUCAAUGAGCUAAUGCCCAAGUAUGCGCCCAACGCAGCCAAGGCACGGACAGAUCUGUAAACUUGCAGGGAAUUAUGGGACCAAGGCAGCGGCCAAAGGCAUUUAGGGUGGAAGAUUAGCGCUGUGAAGCUGACUGACCGCCUAACAGUGGGGUUUUGCAUUGUGUUGUCACAUUACCAUGUACUCCAGGGGUAAACGUCAAGAAACCGAGCGCACACACACACUUCCGUCAAAACACAACCUUUCAUUUAUGACUUGCAAUGUGCAAGCUUGUAGUUCCAAAAUAAUAUCCAACACAACCUAUGUUUGCCUCCUGAUGUAAUGGGGAAUAUGUUUGACACGCUUUGCCCAGUUUGAUUUACAUUUUCUUUUUUCUUUUUUUUUGAGGGUAUGGGCUUGCUUAAUUGAUUCAUUAUAUGAAAUAUAAUGGAGGAAAGUCUCAUCUUCAAAAUAUGAGGGUCAGUUUGAGUGUAAAAUGUGUUUAAUACAGUUAUACUGUCUUUUUUCAUUAAAAGAAGAAAAGAAA